UCAGCCUCUCCCGCCCCGCGCUAUCCCGGCGCGGCCGCGCGGGAGUGCUGUGUUCCACCGUUGCCGCUCUCGCGCCCGUUUCUCGCGAGAGCCACGCGUUGAGGCUGCUCGGGGCCGUGUUCCGGUACCGGCGGUCGGAGACGCCGCCGAGAUGAGCGGGACGUUGGCCAAGAUCGCCGAGAUCGAGGCGGAGAUGGCUCGCACGCAGAAGAACAAAGCCACCGCGCACCACCUGGGGCUGCUGAAGGCGCGCCUGGCCAAGCUGCGCCGAGAGCUCAUCGCGCCCAAGGGCGGCGGCGGCGGCGGCGCCGGGGAAGGUUUUGAUGUUGCAAAGACAGGUGAUGCCCGAAUUGGGUUUGUGGGUUUUCCAUCGGUGGGGAAAUCUACUCUGCUAAGUAAUCUCGCUGGAGUGUACUCUGAAGUGGCAGCAUAUGAGUUUACUACGCUCACUACCGUGCCUGGCGUCAUUAGAUACAAGGGAGCAAAGAUACAGCUACUUGAUCUCCCAGGAAUUAUUGAGGGUGCCAAGGACGGUAAAGGCAGAGGAAGGCAGGUCAUUGCAGUUGCUCGAACCUGCAAUCUCAUUCUGAUUGUGCUGGAUGUGCUGAAACCCCUCGGUCACAAGAAAAUAAUUGAGAAUGAACUGGAGGGAUUUGGAAUUCGUCUGAAUAGUAAGCCCCCCAAUAUUGGCUUUAAAAAAAAGGAUAAAGGAGGCAUUAACCUUACAGCCACAUGUCCUCAGAGCGAGCUGGAUACUGAAACAGUGAAGAGCAUUUUAGCGGAGUAUAAGAUUCAUAAUGCUGACGUUACGCUGCGCAGCGACGCCACUGCUGAUGACCUCAUUGACGUCGUCGAAGGGAACAGGGUUUACAUCCCAUGCAUUUAUGUCCUAAAUAAAAUUGACCAGAUUUCCAUUGAGGAACUAGAUAUUAUUUACAAAGUACCCCACUGUGUACCAAUAUCUGCUCAUCAUCGCUGGAACUUUGAUGAUCUGCUGGAGAAAAUUUGGGACUACUUGAAGCUCGUACGAAUCUAUACCAAACCAAAAGGGCAGCUCCCAGACUACACCUCUCCUGUGGUGCUGCCUUCCUGUAAGACUACAGUGGAGGAUUUUUGCAUGAAGAUCCACAAAAAUCUCAUUAAAGACUUUAAAUAUGCACUGGUCUGGGGCUCAUCUGUUAAACACAACCCUCAGAAAGUUGGCAAAGAUCACACUCUUGAGGAUGAGGAUGUUAUUCAGAUUGUGAAAAAAUAAAGUUGUUCUGACAUGGUUUGCCACUGUGCCUGACAUUUGUCAUUAGUUGUAAGUAGCAAAGAACAGGCCAUUUCUGCCAAAUCUAUAGUUGUAACUUUCUGCAUAGUAAAAAUGAUGUUUCCGGCCUGCGUGUACUGCAGCGUCCCGCUCCAACAGAACUCACAGAGGGGAAACUCACAUGAAGGACUUUCCUCAACCAAAACCUUACAAAGCAUUGAUGCCUCAGAAGACUUUCUGCUGCAUGUACAGGUCUUUACAAGGGGAGGGGGGGAAGAUCACACAGCAGGAAUUAUUUUGUUCUAAAUUAAAACAAAACCUGGGAAGCAGAUCUUGUGAAACAGUGCUAAGGACUCCAACUGAAAUGCUCUCCUUUGAGAACUUCAAGGCUAGCAAUAGUCCUGAUGUUGUGGAAGACACUGUCAGUUCUGCUCAAGAGCAGCCACAUUUUCAGUUGUUUUAUACAAGC